GCUAUGGAGACGGAUGACAACAUGCAGCGGAAGUGGGGGAGAUAUACAAAGAAGAAGACGCGACCGUUCGUUUGUUAGCAGCCGUUAGUAGUGUUAUGAGAUUGCUGUCGCUCGUUCAGUUUGAUUCUUGUCUUCCCGUGAAGAAGAGUUCGCGCUGAUAAUACGUAGAUUGUUCUAUCAGGAGUAAUCAUGAAAGCUGUAAUGUCCUUGCUCUUGCUGGUCGUGCUUGCCACGAUACAGUGCUACGCCAUCUCCUUUGAUGAAUUAUUCGAAGCAGACUGGUUAUUCUUCAGGAUGCGUCAGAGGAAGUUAUACCCGAGCAAAACUGAGGAAGACUUCAGGAAGAAGAUCUUUACGGUGAAUAUGAAAAGGAUCCAGGAGCAUAACGACAAGUACGAGCGUAACGAGGUUUCUUUCAAGUUGGACAUUAACAAAUACGGAGAUAUGUUGCCUAGCGAGUUCGUCAGGUUCUUAAACGGCUUCAAUAAAAAGGCACUUGCGAGUCGUAGAGUGGGUGCUAAUUACAUAGAGCCAGCUAACGUCGAGUUGCCAAAAGAGGUCGAUUGGAGGAAACACGGUGCAGUUACCGGCGUCAAGGAUCAAGGACACUGCGGAUCCUGCUGGGCAUUCUCCUCGACUGGUGCUUUGGAGGGACAGCAUUUCCGGAAAACGGGUAUUUUAGUGUCGCUGAGUGAACAAAAUCUGGUUGACUGUUCCCGCGCGUACGGCAAUAAUGGAUGCAGCGGUGGUUUGAUGGAUUAUGCGUUCCGAUACGUUAGAGAAAACAAAGGCCUCGAUACCGAGAAGAGCUAUCCGUAUGAAGGGGAGAACGACAGGUGCAGAUACAAUCCGAGAAAUAGCGGCGCCACCGAUCUCGGCUAUGUGGACAUUGCGCAAGGAAACGAGGAGAAACUGAAGGCUGCGGUUGCCACCAUGGGCCCGAUCUCGGUCGCCAUUGACGCUUCUCACGAAUCUUUCCACUUCUACAGUGAGGGAGUGUACUACGAGCCUCAGUGCGACCCGGAGAACCUGGAUCACGGUGUGCUGGUUGUCGGUUACGGCACGGAGCCGACUACCGGCGAGGAUUAUUGGUUGGUGAAGAACAGCUGGGGUGAGACAUGGGGCCAGAAAGGUUACAUCAAAAUGGCCAGGAACAAGGACAACCACUGCGGCAUAGCGAGCAGUGCCAGCUACCCUCUCGUUUAAUCCUCGUCGACGAGCGAGUCCCAGGCGCGUCGAGAUCUGCUCAUCGAGCGGCAGAUGACAGACAUAAACCGGGACCUAGAAAAACAAAUAAUGAAGCUCAGAGAUUUUUGAAUAAGUUUUCUGCGUACUUUUCUCCUGGUGUACCUUCGAAGUCACGUGUUUGACCAGUCCGACUUCCGGUACUAGUUACUCGUUCGUUUUUAUGCGCCGUGAAAGAAGCUAUCGUUAUAGAAGAUAGUGAAUUACUUGAAAAUCGCAGGAUUCCGGAAAGAAACUAUAAACGAGCAAGAAAAAGAAAAAAACGACUCGCAGGAACUUUGGAGGAUCGUGAGUAGUACCUAAUGUCAUUUUCUUUUGCAUCAUUUAGUGACAAUUGUGAACGUUGAUAUUACGUUUAAUCCUCAUUUAUUCGUACUCGAAGUGAUUUUUUUUAUUAUUACCCGAGGUAUCUUGCAGGACUUUACUCAAGACUGAAACAAGUCUUACUUUUAGUGUCGAACGAGUGCAAAACCAGCGUAUGAUAGAUUAUUAUAAUAAUUAUUAGUAAGAUUAUAAUUUAAGCUAUGCGGAAAAUUAUAAUUGACUGUGUGUACUUCGGGUAGUAAUCCAGGGUUGGGCCGUUGUUUGCUAGGCAAACCGAUCUCUUAUACGGAAACGGAAAAUAAAGAAAUUCUUAAUAACUCGAUCACUCAUUCGCGCGCUCGAGACGUUCGUUGUUAAUUAUAAGUCCGAUACGUUAUCGAUAGAAGUGCGAUGCGGUGUUUUUUUUAUAUGUUUGAUACACUGGUGGCUAGUGCGCUUUAUUCCGACGUACUGACGCGGAAACUGGGACGACGAUUGAUAGUCGGGUUAUCGCGCGAACCUACCGGUGUUAUCCGUUAUGCAUAUUGCGUCGCAUAAUUUCCGACAACACUCGCUGAACCGGGAAAAGUGAACUUCUUUGUUUCGUGCGCCGAUGUCGGUUAUUACGUUGGACUUCUUACGCAAAUUGCCGAUAUAUUCUCGUCAUUAUUGAACCGAAUUGUUACGCAGGUCCAAUCCGACGAAUAAAAGAGAACCAUAUUUUUCACAA